AGGGCACUGGAUAUGGGGGACAGUUUGCACUCUGGCAGAAAUGGGCUCCUCCGAAUGAGCGCAGCCGACUCUGCACCAUUGCCUUGUCAGAGUUCACACCUGAGAACAAGACUGAGUGAUUAACACAAGAAGUCUCAUCCAGAACUAAGUUGCUGAGUCAAGUUUUCUUUAAGAAUGUGGUCCUGGUGUGGUGACCACCCUCUAGCUAAGGCUACACAUCCAAGAGUACACAGGCAACACAAAUUGGACUUAGGGUUUAAAGAUAAUAGGGCACAGUUGAGUGUGUUGGGGAGGACAGAUGGACCUAAGAAAAAUUAGGGAGAAGGGAAAUAUGAUCAAAAUAAAUUGCAUGAUAUUCCCAAAGAGCUAAUAAAAUGAGAAAGAAAAACAAUCAUAGACUAUCUCAUAAUGUUUAAGUAAGUUUGAGAUUUUAUGUUAGACUGUAUUCAUAGCUAUCCUGGGGUGUAGGUGGUCUGUGGGUCAUAGCUCAGAUAUGCUUUCAGGAGGCACAAAAGAUGCAUAUUGGUAGGGAAUUUUAUAGCUACUCAAAGAGCUUUGGAACUAAGAAGUUCAAACAAAACGUGUAGCUCAUGCUUAACGUUAGUAGGUGAUGGGAAUUUAAAAAAAAAAAAAUAUGUUGUUAGCUUAGCCCAGAGCUCAGAAAACAGACAGGCAGGCUCUCAAAGCAAAUUGAGUGCCUUCAUUGCACAACUUUCUGAGUUAAUUUAAAACAUCGAGUGAAAUAGAGAGAGGAGAGAAAGGAGGGAGAAAGAGACAGAGAGAGGGGAGAAAUGGAGAGAGGUGGAGACACACAAAUCAGGGAGGGAAUGACAUAGUUAUUUAAUGGGAGAUAGGAGGCUAGCAUAUGGAAGGGCCAUCUGUUCUCAGAUGCCUAAAUAAACUCUGUCUUUCUGCCUCAGCCUUCUCACCAAAGGUGUGGUUAUAAAAAUGAAGUUAGAAUGUCCCCAAAGAACAAACAAGAAGUCCCCAAAGGAUUGGCAUCCCGAACCAAAGACACCUGCUAGCUCUAUGGGAAGGACAUGUGGAAGAGUAGAGCAGGUCAACUAAAGAUCUGGAUAAUUGCUGGGGUUUUUUGGCUCUUGAAUACCUGGGGCAGAAUGAGCAGCAGCAUAGGCCCAGGCCUUUCCAUGUAUUGAAUCAGUAGUGCUGUGCUGAUAACUCGGUCCCUUUAAGAGGGGUGAAAAGCCAGUGUACAGUACUUAUCAAUGCCUAUGCUAAAGAGACCCCUGAGAUAUCAGUCUUAAGAUACAGAAUGAGGAGGAGAAGAUGGAUACAGUCAAUGUCACAGACCCCAGCACUCCAGAGAUUUGACACUUCGCAUGCCUCUUCAAUGUUCAAGAUCCCAGGCUUUGGGAGUUUUCCCUCACAGAGAAAUACCAAAAUGUACAGAAGGGGGCUCUAAAGAGGAAUGACAUUGGGAAUCUUUACUGUCCUCCUUGUGGGCGGCAUCAUUAGUGAAGCCCUUGGGUGGCCCUUUGUCUUCUAUAGUUUUGGAGGUGGUGGUGUGCUCUGCAGCCUUCUCUGGUUCAUUCUGAUUUAUGAUGACCCUGUCUCUCACCCAUGGAUAAGUGGCCCAGAAAGAGAAUAUAUUUUAUCCUCUCUGAACCAACAGUUCAGCUCAGAAGAGCAGCCACUUCCCAUCAAAGCUAUGCUCAAAUCUCUGCCUCUCUGGUCCAUGUGUCUCUGCACUAUGACCCAUCAGUGGCUUGUUAACACCUUUAUAAUGUACACUCCAACCUACAUCAGUUCUGUAUUCAAAGUUAACAUCAGAGACAAUGGGUUCCUGUCUUCUCUUCCCUUUAUUGUUGCCUGGGUCCUUGGUAUCCUGGGAGGCUGGCUGGCAGAUUUUCUACUGAGCAAGAAUUUUAGGCUCAUAACUGUGAGAAAAUUCAUCACACUUUUAGGAAAUGCUCCUCCUGCAGCCCUCGUUGCGGCUCUGCCCUAUAUCCAAUCCAGCUAUAUUACAACAAUUAUAUUUCUGACAAUUUCCUGUGGACUGUGCCCUCUAUCUCAGGCAGGAAUCUAUAUUAAUGCGUUAGACAUUGCUCCAAGGUAUGCCAGCUUUCUCAUGGGAACAUCAAGAGGAUUGGCACAUUCAUCGGCUGUGCUGGUACCCAUUGUUGCUGGCUUUUUCCUCAGCCAGGACUCUGAAUUCGGGUGGAGGAAUUUCUUUUUUGUAGUGUUUGCAGUUAACCUACUUGGCUUAAUCAUCUACCUCGUGUUUGGGAAAGCAGAUGUUCAAGAAUGGGCUAGAGAGAGGAAGCUCACUCGUUUGUGAAGCUGUCCCACUUGCUGUAAAGAAGUCAUUACAUACGCUGGCUCCUCUGUGGGAAGACUUUCAUGAAAAAUGAUGUCAGAUAUUUUCCCCCUUUCACCCAGACUUCUUUUGAAGAAAAUAUGAGAGGAAUAAAACAUCGAGUAAAAUGAUAAGAAGGGACCAGGUUGUCAUCUUUGAAUCAAGAAUUUGGUGCUGACAUGGUAGUUUCCAUUUUUUUAAGGGCCAAAGUUUAUGGACCCUUGGUCCAGAGCGGUAAUCUUUACUAGAGAAAUUAUUUAUUUUCUAUUUGUCAGGUUGAAUAUUCAUUUCUCGUUAUGCCUGUGGUACUGGAAGAAGAGAGAGCAUUCUUUGACUGGCUUUCACUCCUAGUCUGCAGUUUCUGUUUCCUGGCUUGGCACUGACACAUGUUCCACACAUGGUCCAUUCUUCUUCACUGUGCUCAGGCUACUGGCGGAUGAGUUGCGUGCCUUGUCUACUGGCUUCAGCCAGAUUUUUGAUGGAGAAAUGAAAAUGUAGUCUGAGGAACUUAGCACAGAGGGUCACUGCAGUCCCUGGCCCUGAGAGGCAACCCCCUUGUGUGUUCUGGUAACUUCUUCCCUCUAUUUGUUAUUUUUGUCUUCGCUUGUGCCAUCUCUGUUAUUCUCUAGAACCUGUUAUGGUUUUCUUGCCCUUUGCCUGAUCCUGUGCAAAUGAUCUUUCCACUGUCCUGAAACUGCCUAGUGUGGCUGUCAUCCCUCUUCUGUGAGAUAUGCCUAAUUUGUGGUUAAAUCACUCAUAAGGAUGGAAAGUAAAACCGACUUAGCGUUUUGUAAAGUAAUGGUUUGUAGGUGUCUGUGGGUCACACCAAGUUCAGAGACCCAGGACAGCAUUGAGAACUGUUCCCCAUGCUAACCUUUACUGUCUAUGACAGAGAUCACUGCCCUCAAAUCAUAUCCUACAGAGGUGGUGUAAUACAUUCUGAGUACAGAUUAGGGCAAGAUUAGAGAGGCCAACCAUGAACAAACACAGCAAUGACUGUGAUCUUGGUAUGAGCUCUGAUCUGUCUGUUGGGACACUAGAGUAAGUUAAAUAUGGUUUCCUUCUAUUGUGCAGAAUCAGGUGUAGUAGCAGAGGGACAGAAACGGGACACAGAUGAAGAUUUGCCAUUCCAUACAAAAAAACUCUGAGAAGGUCUCAUGUAUGAAGCAAUUCCAGGGGUACAUAUUAAAUGGACAACCCUUCUUCUACAAAAUCAUAAAAGCAGGAAACAGGAUGCAUUCUAAAGGGAGUACCCUGUCUGCAUAUUCAUAAAAAAGCACAAAGCACAAAAUUAGAGGAAGGUGUGUGGCUAAUGCAUGUAGUGUUCCUGUGUUAUGGGAGAGAGUUUGAGAACAUUAUAUAAGCAGUGAAGUAGGGCUCAUAGCAAUAGCUACAUGGACAGAUCUUUCUAGAUGGAGCAUUUUCCUAAAAUUUCAGAAUUAGGAUGACACGUCAAAUGAUGAUCUGUAUGCUGGUCUUUAAAACAGCAGUUUUAGGGACUGGAAUAAGGCAGGACACAUUGAAAUGAAGAGAAGAGGGGUGGGAAAUGCUUGUGUGGAAGAAUUUGAAGACCCUACCAUUUAACUGGAUGGAUGGUAGAGAAGACAGACAGAAGGUGAGAAUCCUAGGGCUGGAACCUGCUAGACAAGAUAGACUACUAAACAGAGACUGCAGAAAGAUGGUCUCUGAUCAAAGAAAAGAUAAUGAGCUGACUGAGGUGGGCUGAGAUCGUAGUGAUGCUGGAAAGGUCAAGUAGCCAUAGGCUCAAAAGACUAGACUCCACCGUUUGUCCCACAUGCCUACCAAAGAGAUCACUGAGUGGUGGUAAAGGACAAUGAAAGAAGAUUAACUUGACAUGACUACAUUGGAAGCAGUGUCCCUAAGUCUGUCUUCAAGGUGCCAGUGGUCUGAUGGUCAUUGUGUCAGCUCUGGUCCUUGUCUCAAGUUCUAGAGAAGUUGACAGUGCUGUCACCACUUGAGGGGAGUAAUCUUGAGUUCCAUGGAGUGAUGAUACCUGUUCCAAGGUGCAGCCUUGCCACCUGAGUAACUGCUAAUUCCUCACUUGGGAGCAGGAGAUUCACCCUGCAAACUGUAGUUUGGCUCUUUUAUCAUGAAGAUGUUUAUUACCAAUGCUUUAAUCCCGGAGUUCAACGCAACUGCAAAAGAGAAUGACUGUCAUAAUUAGGUUUCUACAGCUGUGAUAAAACACCAUGGCCAACACAAUGUGGGGAGAAAAUAAUUUAUUUCACCCUUCAACUCUCAGGCCACACGCCAUCACCAAGAGGAGUCAGUACAGGAACUUAAGGCAGAAACCUCAAUGCAGAAACUGAAACAGAAGCCAUGGGGGAGUGCUGCUUACAGACUUGUUCUCUGUGGGUUUUUCAUGCUGCUUUCUUAUAUAACUCGGGGCCACCUACCUGCCCAAGGAUGGAACCACCACCAGUGGUCUAGGUCUCCCAACAUACAUCAUCAAUCAAUAAAAUAUUAAUCAAGACUUGUC